GGUCGCAGCCUCCGCGGGGACCGACACGACGACGCUGGACUGAACCGGGAGCCGAAUGUUUUAACAGGAUCGCCGGUAGAGGAUGGCUUCCAAAGACCGGCUUUACGAACUGUGGAUGUUGUAUUACACCAAGCUUGACAGACAGUCACGGGCGAGCGGCUGAGAGUGAGUGAGCGAGCCAGCGAGCCAGAGCGAAUCCCGCGACGGGCGUCGGAUACCCGGGACUCCAUGCAGUCUCCCCAUCGCCCGUGAAGCUCGGCCCGCGGACCGCGGGGUCCCCUGAACCCCCAUCCCUGCGCUCGCGAUGCGCCAUGGACAGGCCGACGGACGCUAAGAAACUGAAGGAUGUGCGCUACCUGCAGCAGUGGCUGGAAGCCUUCGUGGCUUCCUUCGAGAAGCUCAUUGACAUCCACACGCUGGAGCCUCGACGGCCUGAAGACUCCUGCACGGAUGUGCCCCUCCUGCCCCCGGAUGUGCUAAUCCUGCUCAGCACCCAGCUAUGGCACAGUGCCCUCCACCUGUCGGGGCAGGAACAAAAUAGCAGUGCCCCACACCCACUGCUGCUCAUCAAGUUUUUCAUCAUCAUCUGCAGGAACCUGGAAAAUAUCGACACUAAAAAGACUCCCGGCUUCAUCUUUGAGACCAUAAAGCUUUUAUCAUUUUGUGUGGCCCAGGUAAGGAUGCUCACCUGCCAUCGUCGCGGCUCUAUCCCUCUCCGUCUGUCUGUCUGUAUAUCUGUCCGUAUGCGUAUGCGGGUAUGAAUCACGCCACGCCUGGCUAACGCCGCAGCUGCAGAGGACACCUGCAAUGGCGAGCCCAGUCCAUCCGUCCAUCAGCGUGUGUUUAUUUCUGACCACAUUACAUCAAAACUUUGGGCCCCCCAGGUAAAAACUGUGAUGGGUGUUU